CUCAAAGUAGGAGUAUUGUUUGUAGAUUGGGGCCAAGCGAUCCAAGCAAAGUUUUGGAGGGGAUAUUGAGAAAUGAAAGCAGAGGUUGACGAAAAUGAAGGGAAAAGUGGUAGCAUCGGCAAGAUAAUGGAUGUGCCCAUGGAAGCCCCCAGUUGUGGCAUUGCUACGCAAGCAGUCUAUGCAGGGGUCAUCAGCAGUUUUCUCUACGGCUACCACCUUUGUAAUCUCAAUUCAUGCAUGGACUUUAUUGCCCUGCACUUCGAAUGGUGCAAGAGUACGAAGCGGGCAGAUUGUUUGGUCAGUGCGAUGGAUGGAGGUCUUAUCAAUGCCAUUCUCUAUUUAGGAGCUGCGGCAGGGGCUUUGUUGGUGGGCCGUCCGUUUAUGGUCAACUAUGGUUCUCGAAUGCAGUUGGUGAUUUCCGAUGCAUUCUUCAUUUUUGGGGGCCUCUUUGGGGCGCUUGCUGGGGGCAUCAAGUUUUUGCUCAUUUCUCGUCUGCUCUCUGGCAUCGGCCUGGGCAUCUCUGCAAUUUCAGCACCUGUCUACAUUGCAGAGGUCUCGCCAGCUGAAACCAGAGGAUUUCAUUCCGCAAAGCAUGGCUUAUACAUUGCUGCUGGCCUUCUUGCAGCUGAACUCGUCGGACUCCCUCAGGAUCCACCAGACCACGGUCUCACGGUGCGAAACAACUGGUGGUGGCGAGCGAUACUUGGCUUGCCAGCCUUUCUCGCAGGGGUUCAAUUCCUUUUGUUGAAGUACGAUCUUCCCGUCGAUUCGGUGACCUUCCUCGUCCGACAGGGAAGAAUGGAUGAAGCCAGGACAAUGCUGUACAGAACCUAUGGGAUGAUUCCUCUCGAACUGUCUGCGACUGGCCUUGCAGACACCAAAGUGGCCAAAUUGGAGCUGAAACUUAAGGAACUGGCGGUGGUUGCGGCAGUAGCUGGGUCUACCCGACGCAUCACAAUCAUACAGGCGUUGCACGAUCCUUUCCUACGGUGCUCUAUUGUAGUGGGAUGGUUUCUGGCGUCUUACCAGCAGCUCACUGGAAUCAACGCGCUAAUGGCCUACUCCAACAAGCUCUUUGAGCAAGCUGGCAUUCCUCCCAACUACCUGACACUUGCAUCAGUUUUGAUGUGCGUGGCGAAUGUGGCGGUCUCUGUCUUGAGCACAAAAUUGGUGGAUACUUGGGGCAGACGUACAUUGCUGCUUUGGGGAAGCUCUACUCAGACGCUAGCCAUGGCUUCCAUGGUCUAUGUUGUUCAAAUAUUGCCACUUGAGUUGCAGGGGCUGAUGGCCUUUUUCUUCUUUAGUCUUUUCGUCGUAUCGUGGAAUUAUGGCCUUGGUGCGAUUACCUGGCUUUGGCUGUCUGAAAUUUAUCCGAUGGAGAUUCGAGGACAAGCACUCUCCGCUUGUGGAGUCAUAAAGUGGAUCAGCUGCUUUUUCAUUGUGCUCAUUGCUCGAUUUUUGAAUUUGCAUUUGUCAUGUUGCCUUUUCGGUGGGGACCUUAGUAGCUAG